AUGAAUUCAUUUACUAAAUAAAUAUCACAUUUUGUUCAAGGGUCAUUAAUUUUUGAACAAUUCAUUUGGAAUAUGCCUCUUAUUAUAUUAUAUGCCUUAGGAGCAAUAAAUGAAAUGCAAAAUGUCACUUACAUUACAGUAUAAACAACAGAACAAGUUUUCAGCAGUUCACCUGAAAAUAACAUUUUAAGAGCGAUUUCUAGACCUAAUACUUAUUUAACUAGGAAUGCCUUUCUCUCCUAUAUUAUAACUGGCUAUUUAUGCAUUUUCUUCAUAUGCUGCUUUAUAUUCAUUUAUAUGGUGAAAAUUAGAUCCGCUGAUACGUUUAUUAAAUUAUCAUAGACAUUUAAUAAAAAUAUUAGCUAGAAGAUACUAAUGUAAUACAUAAACAUAUCAAUUAAUUUGAUAAAAUAUGGUUUUGGAAUUAUGGCAAUAGAAAUAUGUUUAUAAAAUAUCAAAGCAAACUUUGAUGAUAAUUUUUAGAUAGCAUUAAAUGUAAUAAAUAUAGUUACAAUAAUUACAUCUCUUGUGUUUUUAACAAAUAUGUUCACUUAUAAUUGGGCUUUAGAUUUUAAACGAGAAUAUUUGUCGAUCAACGAUUCCAUACUCACGUAUAUUAGAAUAUUUAUCAAACUCGUUUAAAUGAUUAUGGUGUAUUUUUAGGAAUAACGUAGCUUGUACCUCGAUUAUAUUCAGGUACUAUUGCCAAUGAUAUCAGCGAUCUUAUUGAUCUACUAAAUCUAAAUUCAGAAAUUGUUAAUUUAUGGGAUUUAUUAUUAAGUAAUUUUGAUGAUAACCAUUAUGACUUUGGUGAUAGGUUUUCAGUGUUUGUUUCAACUAAUUUUUAUUAACUAUCAAUUUAAAUCUCUAUGGAUUCUGCUAUCGAUCAUGCCUUACAAGGUUUUUGUUUAUUAUAUAAAGAGGGAGCUAAUUAAUAAUUUCAUCAAUUUCUUAUCGGCCAACCUUAAAAAUUGCAAUCACGUUGUAUUUUAAAUAAUAUAUGGCAUGAGUUAAGGCAUAUAAAUUUUUCAAUCAGAUAUGAUAUUUUUAAUGUUUUUAUAGAAACAUUCUGCUAUCUGCAAAGAUUGUAAAUGUAAGUGCAGAUUAAGAUUCUAAGAGAAACAAUUUUAGGCAGUCUCCUAUGAAAUAUUCUUCAAGGAACUUUUAUUCAAAUAUUAAUAAGAAUUAUCUUAAAGAGUUGUUUCAGAAUCAUUAAUAUUCAGUUAUUUAUAAUUACAAUUCUUUUAAAAGAAAUACCUUAUAAUUUAUCGUUAUUUUAGAAUAAUAUUCGAAACAGCAGAGAAAUCAUAAGGGAAUCUUAAAAUAGAAUCGAAAACCAAUAGAUCUACUAUUCAAAUCAACUCAUUAAGCAAGCUUCUCAUUUUAAAAGUUGCUUAAAAUCUUUAAAGGCUUGAUAUAUAAAAUUAGUUUCAAAGCUAAAAAGCAGCAUUAAAAGUUGAAUCUUUGUAGAAUCACCUUUGUAUUUAAGAAUAUUUGAAGAUUACAAAAUAAAACGAAUUUAUUAAAGAGAGCCUAUCAAAUGUCAUAGAAACAAAAAUUGAAUUUUUUGAAUGUUUAAAUAAAAAACAUCUCUAAAAAAACUUAGAGUAAAUUGCAUUAAAAUCAAUAUAAACAUAAAUGGAAGGAUUAAAAUUAAUUAAAACUUCGUUUUCAUCAACUCAAAGUAUAUUUUAAUCUUAAUUUAAGCCCAAAGAUAUUCAAAUAUUCUAAGGUUUUAUUACAUGGAAGUAUUAAAUGAUUUAAUCUCUGCUUAGUCCAUUGUCUCACCUUAGAAUACAGAGGAUGAGUAUGUGAUAAAAGCUAUUCAUUCUAAUUUUUAAAAUCAAUUCUCGUAUAUGACUGUAGUAAUUUAAGAUUUAGAUAAUAUUCAGAUCAAUAAGCAUAAGUAUAAUUAAUCAGAUUAAUAAACAGAGUUAGUUUAAUUAAGCUUCGAUUAAAUGAUACCCAAUUAUGUUAAAUUAAUUCACUCGGCUUUAAUUGAGAAGUUUAUUUCUGGGAUGGAGAAUAAAUACUUUUAAUAAAUUAAUCAAGCUUAUAUUGAAUACUCAUCAGGUCUGUGCAAGAGGAUAGAACUAAUUAUGGAUUUAAGCCAAUUAAAUUUAUAAUCAAUAGAAAUGAUUUUGUUCUUUCAAAACAAAAAUGAAAGUACCUACAGUAUCUUUUUAGAUGAGAAUAAAUAAAUUGUUAAUAUAGAGGAAGAACUAUUUUGCAAAAUAUUAGAUAUUGAUACAAAAUUUGCUAAAUAGAUAUAUGGGAUUGACAUAAAUGUAUUUUUUGAAAAUUUCAAUUCUAUUAAAUUGAAUGAAAAACACUUCUCAUCGUUUUUUCGUUUUUUUGAUUAAAGGAAGUUAAAUCAGUUUAGUUAAAGAAAUUUUGAGAAAUCAUUAUUCACAAAAAUGAAAAUGAUUUUAUAUCAAUGUGAUCUCGAAGUUAUUGAAAGAAAGUUGAUAUUGGGGAAUAUUUUUUAUUAACUCAAUUUGUCUAAUAUAAGAAAAAUCAAUAAAAGUGAUGAGUUUGGAGGAGAAAAUUAAAUACAGCAAAGUGCUUCUCAUGGUUUUGAUGAAUGUAUUACCAUAAACAAACUUAUUGAUUUUAAUUCAAAAUUUAUCCACAAUAAGUUGAUUAAUCAAUAGAAUAAUAAUAAUAAAUCAGAGAGAGUAACAUAAGAUGAAAUUCUCAAUAAUAAUUUCUAAUAAAAUGAUAUCUUGUUUACUCCAAGAAUCGAGGAGGAACAUUACAUUUUAAGUCAGGAGGGAGAUUAAAAAACUGUCUAAAAAUUAUAUGAAGCUAAAUAGUAAUCUGAGGCUGCUUCAAGGUAAUCAUCUUUAUCAGCCAUCUAAAAGUCACAGUAUCACAGGCAAUUUUCAUUGGUUUAUAAUUUAACCACUUGUAGAAAAUCACCGAAGAUUUUUUUAAGAAAAACAAUUUAGAGAUUGCUUUACUUAAUUAUAUCAGUUAUUGGAUUUAUAUUAGUAAAAUAUUAGGUUAUUUUAGCAUCUUUAAGUGGUUAGCAAUUUUGAUCUUCUGUUAAGCGAUUUUAAAUUACUUAGUUUUAAGAACAAUAUCAUUUAUCCCAUAACAACUUCCAAUCUAAUUAGAUUUUCUAUAAUUAAUUACAAUGUGGAAUUAUACUUUAAUUAAAUUACAAAAUAGUAGUGGUCUGAAUAUUUAGAAUAUCCUAAUUCCAAAAUUUUAGAAAGCUAUGAUAAACUUAAAUAAGAAAUCACAAAUUUAUUAGAACAAUAAUUAUUUUUCACACAUUACUCUGAAAUAUCUCUAUAAUUGGAAUUCUUGGAGUAUGAAAGUAAGGGAAAUUCAGAGGAAUUAAAUUUAAGAAAUAGUUUAAUCACCUUAUUAAAUUAUUAAUAUGAUUCUAAAGUUGUUUAUAGUAAUGGAGGAACGGCCGAUUCGAAGAGUCCUUAUUUUUAUUAUGUUUAUAAAAACUUUAAUAUGCUACUAUAAGUUUUUUAGAAUGUUGAUACAGGAUCCUUGCUAUCACUUUAAUCAGACUCCUAGUAUUAUCAAACCUAAUUAUUAAAUAUUAUGAUAUACACUCUACUCUCAAUGAGUAUUAUGCAAAUAUUGAUCUCAAUUUCACAUUAUUCAUAUUGUUUAUAAAAAGAAGAAUUAAAAAUGUUACUAUUUAAUUAAGAGCAUACUUAUAUUAUUUCAGACAUUCAUCGAUUACAUAAUCUUAAGGAAUUAGUCAUGCGAGACUACACUUAAAUUCUACAUUAUCAAUUUAAUUUUUAAGAUAAAGACACUCAUUUUUAAAAUUUAAAAUUGUUGCUUUCCAAAUCUAAUUAAAAAAAGAAAAAAGUAAUUUUGCCAAUAGACUUUUUCAAUAUUAAAUCAUAUUUGCUUAUUAUAUCUCAUUUUUUAAUUUUAUUAGCAAUAUACAUAGGAUUAUAAAUAGAAUUGGGACAUGCAUAUAGUGAAGUUAGGAAUGCCGCAGAAUUUUAUUAAUCACUUACUAGAUUGAAUACCAAUAUUUUAGUCAUGUAUUCAUCAAGAGAAGUCUUGUAUUAUAAAUAAACCUUCACUUUUUUCACUUAAGCGGACAUAGAUUAAUAUCAUGACAAUUGCGAAUAAGGUAUCAAUGAGUUAGAAGAUUACGUAACUAAUUUAUGGAAUUAUUAAUCUAAUUCUUAUAUUAUUGAUAAGGAUUUUCAUCCACUUUUCAGUAAAUUUAGUGAAGGAGAUCUUUGCAAUUACUUGGAUGUAUCUAUUAAUAAAUAAUAAUUAGGAAAUUAAUCAAAAUUCAACAAUAUGUAACAGAUCACUUUUUGGCAAUUUACAAAAAGGAUUGACCUCAACUAUUAUAAAUAUCAAAAAUUCCUUUAAAUCUGAGUUUGAAUCAACAAAUUUUACAAAUAGAACUUCAUUUCCAAUAUUAGAAUUAGAGGGUAUUAUUAUAAUCAGUUAAGCAUUUUAAUACCUAAUCGAAAGGUUUUACAGCCUCCUGUAAGAGUAAUGUUUGGACUUAAUUUUUUUUUAUAAUGUACAGUUUCAACAUAUUUUAAAUAGGUGUUUAUUAUUAUUUUUUUGGUGUUUUGUGUGUUAUAUGGAUUAAUAUUACUGA